AUGGCAGUCUCCUACCCUUCUUCCACCUACGGUCUCCUCUACUACGACCCUGCCACCCACCACAACGCCUACGACAAACCCCAAAAACUCUUUCGACCCCGACGAGUAGGCCCGGGCCGCGUCUGCGUCAAGUCCAUCGACCCCGCUCGCGAAGAUCGAAAGGCCGACCACCCCGUCUCCGACUCGCUCAAGGGUGGCCGAAGGCCUUCGGCAAAGGUCAAGCUGGCCGGCACGCGGGAGAACGCGAAGCGCUUCCUCCGUUCCGUCAUUGCCAGUUCCAACUCCGACACCGCCAAGGCCCGACAGGAAGCCGGGAACGCCAACAAGAGGAGGUCGUGGUCUCCCGUCGAGCGUUCGCAGUCGGUCCGGUCCGGAGACAGUGGGACGGCGGCCGACGCGCCUGCACCCGCGCCCAAUAUGCGAGGAAACUUUCGGCAUUCCAUUGGCGGUCCCAUCAAUGCGCACCUGCAGAGACCACGCCUCAACAGCGAAGCAACACAUCCCUCCAGCAGCCAGUCGACGACGCCGUCUUCAUCCUCAAGCACCAAUGGACAUCAGCCUUCACCGCGCAUCGACACCUCCGUCACCGACAGCGUGAUACCGAAUCUCAACCUCGAAGACGAGAAACCGAUCGCAUCAGGCAAUGGAGUUGCAAUGGGAGUGCAUCUGGCAGAGCCAGCACUCUUUCUCCAAGGCUUCGAGAACGCCGACCAUGCCCCCGGUAACACCGCGAUGCUCCGGGGUGCACUGCAUCUGCGAGUGCAGAAGAGCGCGAAGAUCAAGGCGGUGACGCUCAAAUUCAAAGGGACUGCGGUGACCAAGUGGCCCGAGGGGAUCCCGCCACGGAAAGUGGAGUUCGAAGAGAGGGACACCAUCAUGGCACACACUUGGCCAUUCUUCAAUGCCCAGUUCGAGAGUGCCGAGAAGGGGACGAAUGCAGACCACGUCAAACUCUUCAGAGGAGGAGAGUCGUCGUCGUCGUCGUCGUCGAAAUCGGACUCCCUGGGACGCUCCGUCGACAGUGGAUCAUCCAUCAACCUUGGCGCGAAAGAGGCGAAGAAGCUUGCUCUGUCCGUCAAUCAAUCACGAAGUUUCCAAAAGGGCGAUCCUCCGCCAGGCUCGGCUAUUGCCGCCAAGGGAUACCGCACGUUCCUGCCGGGAGACUACGUGUACAACUUCGAGCUGCCUCUGGACAGCCGAUUACCGGAGACGAUCGAUGUCGAACUCGGAUCCGUCAAGUACGAACUCGAAGCAGUCGUCGAGAGGGCGGGGGCUUUCCGAGCGAAUCUGACGGGCAGCAAGGAAGUGACCUUGAUCCGCGCCCCGGCCGAGGGCUCGCUGGAACAGGUCGAGCCCAUCGCCAUCAGCCGAAAUUGGGAGGACCAAUUGCAUUACGACAUCGUCAUCUCCGGGAAGAGCUUCCCACUUGGAACUCAGGUCCCCAUAGCCUUCAAGCUGACCCCCUUGGCCAAGGUGCAAUGUCAUCGGAUCAAGGUCCUGAUAACCGAAAACAUUGAAUACUUCUGCUCGAACAGGCGGGUGCAUCGGAUGGAGCCUACCCGAAAAGUUCAGCUUUUCGAAAAACGAGCGGACAACCCACCCACGAGUGCCUUCCCAGGAAGCACGAUGAGAGUCACUGCCGGCGGUGGCAUUCCUUACGACCAGCGAGCACGAGCGGCACGAGGCGACGACGUUAUUGGAAACGACAGCACGAACUUACUGGGCAACUUGGACGGCGAGUCGAAUAUCGGCCCCACCGAAAUGGAAUUCAGUGUCCAAUUACCGAGCUGCCACACGAUGAAGGAACGAGAUCGAUCGCAACGACUGCACUUUGACACGACGUAUCAGAACAUUCAGGUCCAUCACUGGAUCAAGAUUGUCAUGCGGUUAUCGAAGCCGGAUGCCAAUGACCCGAGCAAGCGAAGACACUUUGAGAUUUCCAUCGACUCUCCCUUCCACAUCCUGUCGUGUCGUGCGACUCAGGCGAACAUAUCGCUACCAGCCUACACUUCUCCGCAAGCUGCACCGGCGAACCCGAACUUGUUCGACUGUGGAUGCCCCGGUGCCGCAAGACGCCGGAAUUCCCCGACCGGCUUUGUUCCCGGCUUGAACGCCAUCAACCAUGGACAACGCAACAGCAAUGAAGACAAUAGGCCCACCACUCCCACGAUACGAUCGCCUGGCCUCGCCAGGCCACCUACCGUGCACGCGGCAAAUCACAUGGGCCACAACCGCAUCCAAUCCGUCGACCGACCCAUCCAUCUUCUCCGCGCGCCUUCUUUCAACCCGCCGGCUUUUGAAGAAGAGGAACCGCCACCACCGCUCAUGACACCUCCACCGCAGUACAACGAUAUCGCUAGCCCCACGAGCGGUUUGGCAGAUUACUUCUCCCGCCUCAGCGAUACCUAUGACGACUCCGACAGCGGGGACGAAAGCCAUCGUUCUGGACGAGUCAACGUUCCUCUUACUCCUGGAGGCAGAAUCAACCGAUCUAUGGAUCUUGGGCGAAAUUGGGUCCCUGUUGGAGGGACAUGA